GGUCCAGUGACCUCACCGAAGUGGGCUGGAUCGCGAGGGUGGGAUUUCCAGGCGGUUUUUUCUCUCCUCCACACAGCUCCCGCGUAUCCGUGUGUCCCUGCCUCUCUGCCUGCGAGGAUCGACGCGGCUGCGGCGGUACCGAAACACGCUCUGGGCUUUUUCUCUUUUUUUUCCUUUUUUUUUUUCCUCACCAUUUCAUCGCCUCAGAAAAAAAGGGCCCUUGUACAUCGGACGCUGGAGCCCCCCCCCUCCCACCACCACCCCCUUUUAUUUUUUCUUCUUCUUCUUCUUCUUCUUCUUCUUCCUACACGCGACUCCAAUCGGAAUAAUUAAUUGAGGAAUGUGGAAAUCACAGAAUGCCCGACAGCGCCGGAAAGAGAUUUAAACCCACCAAAUACAUCCCAGUGUCCACCGCCGCCGCGCUCCUUGUGGGCUCGACCACUUUGUUCUUCGUGUUCACGUGCCCCUGGCUGACCAAGGUGAUCUCUCCCGCGGUGCCCCUCUACAAUGGCCUGGUCUUCCUCUUCGUCUUGGCCAACUUCAGCUUGGCGACCUUCAUGGACCCCGGCGUUUACCCCAGAGCCGACGAGGACGAGGACAAGGACGACGACUUCCGGGCGCCGCUCUACAAGAACGUGGAGAUCAAGGGCAUCCAGGUCCGGAUGAAGUGGUGCGCCACCUGUCACUUCUACAGGCCGCCACGGUGCUCGCACUGCAGCGUCUGCGACAACUGUGUGGAGGACUUUGACCACCACUGUCCCUGGGUGAACAACUGCAUUGGACGAAGGAACUACCGCUACUUCUUCCUCUUCCUCCUCUCGCUGACCAUCCACAUGGUGGGAGUGUUCUCCUUCGGCCUCAUCUUCGUCCUCCACCACCGAGAGAGGCUGGCAACGCUGCACACCACCGUCACUCUGGUGGUGAUGUGUAUAGCGGGGCUUUUCUUCAUUCCGGUCAUGGGACUCACAGGUUUCCAUAUGGUGCUCGUGGCUCGAGGUCGAACAACCAAUGAACAGGUGACGGGAAAGUUUCGUGGAGGAGUAAAUCCCUUCACCAGGGGUUGCUGUGGCAACGUGGAGUAUGUCUUAUGUAGUCCUCUGGCACCGAGGUACACGCUGGACCCCAGGAAAAAGCCUCACGUCAAAAUUCAGCCCCCGUUCAUCCAACCUGACCUCUCGGACCGGCAAAUAACCAUCAAGGUCAGCGACAACGGCAUGCAAGGCAUCAUCAGCUCCAAGUCCAAAUGCAGCCUGGACGGCCUGGACGACAAAGAAACCCAGCCGCCGCUGCCGCCCAAAGCCGACCGCUACAACCAGCUGAAAGGCCCGGUGACCUCCGGUGAAGACAGCUCCCUUUCGGGCAAAACCCACCCCUCCACACCAGCCAUGUACAAAUACAGGCCGUCCUUUGGCACCAUUCCCAAAGUCCACUACCACGCUGCCGGAGAGAAGAUCGUCAUGCCAGACGAUCGGAAGACAUCGGCCAUCUUGGAAGAAGGUGUCCGCGGACACGACUACCGUUCUGAGCCGAACCUCGAUCUGCCCGAGUACACCAACACUCCCCUCCACCGCAGCUUCCAGUCGUCCCCGCUCCAGCUGGACUCGGACCCCAUCAACUCCCGCUCCCUCAGCCUGAAGCAGCAGGGCCACCGCCGGCCGGAGAAGGGCCAGCUCCCGGCCCUGCAGCCCCACGCGGUCACAUCCACCCCCUACAAGAGCGUCUUCUCGCCCAACACGCUCUCCAACCGCAACGGCAGCCUGUCCUACGACAGCCUGCUCAACCCCAGCAUCUCCCCGGCCACUGCCAACGAAUGCAUGGCCCACCGUGGUAUGCACGCCACGGGCUUCCACUCGCCCUACCUGCCCACCAAAAUGUGCCACAUCCGGGAGCCUGAAAUGCAGAGGCAACAGGUUGCCACUGCCUACAGUCCAGUAAUGCCACCCAGAGGGAUGGGCAGGCAAUCCCCUCACCCGAGGGACAGGGACCCGUCCCCGGUGCGCUAUGAUAACCUCUCCCAGACCAUCAUGGCCUCCAUCCAGGAGCGGAAGGAGAUUGAGGAGAGGGAGAAGCGGCAGAUGCUGCAGGGGCGCUCCCAGACUCACAUCUAUGCCCAGGACUCUGGUGUGUUCGACGGGGGCUACGUUUUAUCCCACAAUGCUUGCUAUCCAGAUGGGCCCCGCGGCCCCGUCUCCAGGGGCCCAACGCCCCCGGCCUAUGGGGGUUCCAGGGACAACCUGAUGGGGGUCGGUCUGGUGAGCUAUGGCCAGCGCACCCCUGUGUUGCGCCACGCCGGCUCCACGCUGGGCCGCGCCCCCAGGACUUCGUCCACCUCCCUGCACAAUGAUCACAGCAGCACCAACAGCAGCCAGGGCAGGGCCGCCGCCCUCGAGGGCACCUACCGCUCCCCGGCCCACCAGCCCCACUCCCCAGCCAUGCCGCGCUCUCCCUCCUACUCUCAUCAGAAAUUCUCCUACAUCAGUGCCCUUGAGAGGACAGACUCACCUCGACUCGGGGGCCCAAGAGAGGCCAUGAAGGUUAACGGGCAGACGGACUGCCACCCGAGCACCCACCAGGGUGCCACCCACAGCCCCAGUCGCCAUAGUAACGUCAAAAAGGUGACGGGCGUAGGAGGCACCACAUAUGAGAUAUCGGUGUGAGCAGGGACCCCGGCUUCCACCUCCACACGACGACAGCCACCCCCGUCACGAAGAGAUUCUCCUCUCUUUUUCAUUUUAGUGUUUUCGAUAACGGCCGGUCGGGGGCCACGCAGCACAUCCCCGGUUUCUGGACAUAUUGUCCAAUCAGAGGACCUGUCUUGCUCUUGUGCAGGUCCGUCUCGCCAGACGCCCGUGCGUGCGUGCGUGUGUGUUUGUACCCGAGCGAUUGGCUGUCAGUCGAUGCUGCUGCAGUCUGUACAGUAUGUGUGUGAGGAGUGUCUUGUCAUCGCGUUUGUCACCUCGAGUGGACCGUCCAAACGAGGUCGUCAAUGUGAGAACUGUUGUCUCUCAGGCGCGGUCACGGAAGCGCUCGUUGUUCCAAAUGUCACGCGAACUUUGCGCCGAGAAGCGCUGAAGGCUAGAAGGAAAAAAUAAAAACACUUGACGUCCUCGCUGCGAGAGGAGACUAAUGUCAGUUCACCUCGCGAAGCCGAGGGCGCUUCCCACCAACCUGUACCGUUCAAACCAUCUCCGCCAUAUGCGGCGCACUUCUACGGCUUUUGAGGGGCGACGGAGGACAGGUCAGUUAGAUUUACCAAAAGUGGAAGGCAAACUCGAGCGAGAUGAGAGGGUGGGAAAUGGGAUGUGGAAAGGGAAUUUCAAUCGGAUGGCAGGUCUGGCGGUUGGGCUUCCAAAUUCGUUGAGAAAGGUUUGCUUUGAGUUCAAAGUCGAAAACAAAAGGUAAAUUCCGUCUUUUGUGCAAGAUAACACUCUCAGGAAUGAAUGCAAGCAGCGAAGAGGGGGGUGUGGGGGGGACGAUACGACGUUGCAUUGAGCGAGACGAACUCACGAAGCACGAAUGUCUUUUCGCUUCGUCUCAGUCGAGUGCAGAAAUGUAGGGAGCAGCUUAUCCCCCUUUAGGUGCACGCGCAUCGUGGUUUGUUUCGAGGGACGUCAAGUUAAGGCGAGUUACACCAGGAUGAUAUUCGGUGGGGUAUGAACGACUGAGACCACUGUGGACCCCACUGUACGUACGUUCUGAACGAUCGGAAUACCUCAUCCCUAUACGGAGUUCGGAGCGAGUCCAGCCUGGCACCACCAAAACAACUUUUAUGGCAACGUUUUGUGUAAAAAAAAACAAUUUAAAAAAAUUAAAAAAUAAGAACAACCUAGUUACUUUAGUCUGUAAAUUAUGUUUGUGUUAUAUACCAUAGGGUUUGGAAGGGUGAAGAAAAACAAGCCAUCGCCCCGGGUGGCAAAACGAAGAAAAUUGUUCACCCAUUCAUUAUUUUGUAGGUUUUUCUUUUUAAAAAAAUUGGUUUAUUUCCUUUUUAUACACACAACCUAUCAAAAAAAAAACUAUGUUUGAUACAUCUUUUUUAUACAGAUACAUACGCCUGGAAUGGAUGUUUUAUUUUGAGUGGGGUUGCUUGUUGAUAAAUUAUAUAAAUACAGUAAAUAAACAAGAUCAUGGGUACAAAUCCAUAAAAUAAGAAAUAUAUCUUGUUCUAACUUGCAGUGUUAAAAACAAAAAAAACAACUAUAUAUGAUGAAAUGUAAUUAGCUUGAUAUGUGAUGUUGAGGAAGUGAAACGUCAAAGUCACAAUCUUCGACGAAGUCCAGGAUUUGGGGGCCUUUCGGAAGAAGAAAAAACGCGGCCCCCGAGAGUUCGCUCCCAAACGUGGCGACCCACCACGGCGAGAUCUCAGAGACGGCAGACGGGGGGGCGUCCUCACUUUGUGCAAGCGGCUGUCUGGUACAGCUUCAGAGUCAACGUGGAACUUUUGAUAAUUAAAAACAGUCUCUUAACAUUAAUUUCUUUUGACCAUGGAUCGGGGAUAAAAAAACAUCUAAGUGGAGGGGUUAUUUUAUUUAUAUUUUUUGCAUCAGUGGAACACAUUGAAACAUGUAAGAGCGGUAGAUUUGGUCCGGCUGUGUUUGCAUUAAGAAUAAACCAUCAUUGCCUUAUGAGAGGGAAAAGCUCUUUCAUAUCCGGUGAAAAGUGACACUAUAACAUCAUUGGUGUUUUUGUAUUGAGCAGCAAAUGGCCGCGGGUGCCAUUGUGACACAACUCAAGACUGGGUAAAGGUUAAAAACUUGGGACAGGAGAAAGUUUGGGGUCAAAACGCAAUCUGGCUUAAUUAUGAAGCUUCCUUCUUCCCAUGUCUUCGUCCGUUGACGGUUGCUCUGCAGAGAUCCGCGUAGAGGCCCGGUAGCUGUGGCCGAGUCUUGGCUUUCUGACAAAGGUUGGAUGUGACCGAAACUCGCCGUAGUUACAACCUUUUUCGACCCGUGGUGGUGGUCCCUUCUUUCAAGGUCUCACCCAGCUGCCUUACCGUGAACACAGUAACACACAAUACUCUGUUUCAAGUCAUGUCUUUAGAAAUGAUUGAUGACUGAUUUUGUUUUUGUUUUUUGGGCCACAUAUCAAAACCCUGUCGAUGUCAUUCCUCUUAUAAGAUGACUGCCAUUGGUCCAAUGUUCUUCUUUUUUUUGGGGGGGGGGGGGGGGGUGGACAUAACUGCAGGUCAGGGACCCUUCCCGACGUGUCAAGCAGUGAAUCUGUUCUGUCAGCCACGAGCUGAUGUCUUCUGAAACUCAAUAGAAUGUUGAAUAUGUAUUAAAAUAUAGAAUAUACUAUAAAUGUACAUGCGUUCCUAUUUUUGUGAAGAGGAAAUAUUUCCCAAAUGACCUAAAUAAAGGUUUCCAUCUCUU